ACCCCGGCCCGGCGACUGGGCGUUCGGGCCAGCGCGGAGCGGCCCGUAGCCUCGGCGUCCAUGUGUGUCAUCUGCUUCAUGAAGGCGCUGGUGCACGUGUUUAAGAUCUACCUGACCGCCCACUACAGCUACAACUUCCGCAGCUGGCCGGUGGACUUCCGCUGGGAUGACGUGCGCGCCGCCGGCGGGGGCGGCCACCGAGCGCUGACGUGCGCCGCGGCCGUCGCGGGCGUCUGGCUGCUGCGCGACGCGGCGCUGGGCGGGGACGCGGCGGGGCGGCCGCCGCGCGGGGCUCGCAGCCAGACGCGGUGCCUGCUGCAGCAGAUCCGCGAGCUGCCGGGCCAGCUGGCCAGCUACGCGCUGGCCCACUCGCUGGGCCGCUGGCUCGUGUACCCCGGCUCCAUGUUCCUGAUGACGCGCGCGCUGCUGCCGCUGCUGCAGCAGGGCCAGGAGCGCCUGGUGGAGCGCUACCGCGGCCGGCGCGCCAAGCUGGUGGCCUGCGACGGCAACGAGAUCGACACCAUGUUCAUGGAUCGGCGCCGACGCCCCGGCAGCCACGGUCGCGGGCUUCGCCUCGUGAUCUGCUGCGAGGGCAACGCUGGCUUCUACGAGAUGGGCUGUCUAUCUGCCCCGCUCGAGGCCGGCUACUCGGUGCUGGGGUGGAACCACCCAGGCUUCGGCGGCAGCACGGGCGCGCCCUUCCCUCAGCACGACGCCAACGCCAUGGACGUGGUGGUUAAGUACGCGCUACACCGCCUGCACUUCCCGCCGGCGCAGGUGGUGAUCUACGGCUGGUCUAUUGGCGGCUUCACGGCCACCUGGGCCACCAUGACCUACCCAGAGCUGGGUGCGCUGGUGCUCGACGCCACCUUCGACGACCUCGUGCCGCUGGCACUUAAGGUCAUGCCCCACAGUUGGAAAGGGCUGGUGGUACGCACCGUGCGCGAGCACUUCAACCUCAAUGUCGCGGAGCAGCUGUGCUGCUACCCCGGGCCAGUGCUGCUGCUCCGGCGCACGCAGGACGAUGGGGUCAGCACCUCGGGCAACCUGCCCCCGCUGCCGCACGGCGACGUGGAGGGCAACCGCGGCAACGAGCUGCUGCUGCGUCUGCUGCAGCAUCGCUACCCAGCCGUGAUGGCACGCGAGGGCCAGGCCAUCGUGACCCGCUGGCUGCGCGCUGGUAGCUUGGCGCAGGAGGCUGCCUUCUACCUGCGCUACCGCGUGGACGAUGAGUGGUGCCUGGAAGUGCUACGCUCCUACCGGGCGCGCCGCGAGGAGGAACUGGAGGAUGAAGAGGCCUGGGGGCCGCAUGGGCCCGCCUUCCCCUGGCUUGUGGGCCAGGGCCUGAGCCGGAGGCGGCGCCGGCAGCUUGCGCUGUUUCUGGCCCGGAAGCACCUCAAGAAUGUGGAAGCAACUCACUGCAGCCCGCUAGAGCCUGAGGACUUCCAGUUGCCCUGGGGGCUGUAGCCCACAAGCCAG